AUGGCUGGGGCGCGCAGGCUGCUGCUGCUGCUCUAUCUGUGGCUGAGCUGCUUCUGCGUGAGUCUGGCGCAGGGAGAAAGAUUGAAGCAGCAUUUCCCUGAGCUCCGCCAAGCUGUAACAGGCGGCCGCACGGCAGGUGGCCUGGGUCCGGAGCUGCAGCCGCACGACAAGGUGUCGGAGCACAUGCUGCGGCUCUAUGACAGAUACAGCGGCGGCGGCAAGGUCCAGGCGGCGCGGACGCCAGGCUCCCGGGAGCAGGGCUCGCAGCCAGCGCGUCCCCAGCCCCUCCGCGAAGGCAACACGGUUCGCAGCUUUCGAGCCGGAGCGGCAGGAACCCUAGCAAGCAAGGGACUGCAUAUUUUUAAUGUGACUUCUCUAACCAAGUCUGAAAAUAUUUUGUCUGCCACACUGUACUUCUAUAUUGGAGAGCUAGUGAACAUCAGCCUGAGUUGUUUAAUGUCCCGAGGAUGCUCACAUCAUACUCAGAGGAAACACAUUCAGAUAGACCUCUCUGCAUGGACCCUCAAAUCCAGCAGAAACCAAAGUCAACUCCUGGGUCAUCUGUCAGUAGAUGUAACCAAACCCAAUCGAGACAUCACAUCCUGGCUAUCUAAAGACAUCACUCAACUCUUAAGGAAGGCCAAGGAAAAUGAGGAGUUCCUCAUAGGAUUUAACAUUACCUCCAAAGGACACCAGCUGCCAAAGAGGAUGUUACCUUUUCUGGAACCUUAUAUCUUGGUAUAUGCCAAUGAUGCUGCCAUUUCUGAGCCAGAAAGUGUGGUAUCUAGCUUACAGGGACACCGGAAUUUCCCCACUGGAGCUGUGCCCAAACUGGAUAGCCACAUCAGAGCUGCUCUUUCUGUUGAACGGAGGAAGAAGCGCUCUACUGGGGUCUUGCUGCCUCUGCAGAACAAUGAGCUUCCUGGGGCAGAAUAUCAGUAUAAGGAGGAUGGGGUAUGGGAGGAGAGAAAGCCUUACAAGACCCUUCAGACUCAGUCCCCUGAGAAAAGUAAGAGCAAAAAGAAACAGAGAAAGGGACCUCACCAGAAGAGCCAGACGCUCCAGUUUGAUGAACAGACCCUGAAGAAGGCAAGAAGAAAGCAAUGGAUUGAACCUCGGAAUUGUGCUAGAAGAUAUCUUAAAGUAGACUUUGCGGAUAUUGGCUGGAGUGAAUGGAUUAUCUCCCCCAAGUCCUUUGAUGCUUAUUAUUGCUCCGGAGCAUGCCAAUUCCCCAUGCCAAAGUCUUUGAAGCCAUCAAAUCAUGCUACCAUCCAGAGUAUAGUGAGAGCUGUUGGGGUUGUUCCUGGGAUUCCUGAGCCUUGCUGUGUACCAGAAAAGAUGUCCUCACUCAGUAUCUUGUUCUUUGAUGAAAAUAAGAAUGUAGUGCUUAAAGUCUAUCCUAACAUGACAGUAGAGUCUUGUGCUUGCAGAUAA